AUGUUCAUUGCAGCUCUUCCCGUGGAAUUGAUCUCAAAGAUAUGUAACCAUUUGGAUUUCCAGCAAUUGGUCGCUCUGAGGUUAUCAUGCCGCGCAUUGUACAAAAGCUCACUGGAGAAUUUCGCGAAGACCUUUUACCGAAAAAUCCGUUUCAUUGUGACUAGCGAAAGUCUCCACGAACUGGAAGAACUAUCCAAGUCAAAUGGUCUCCGCGAGCACGUCCAAGAGCUAUGGAUGAUACCCACUGUGUUCGACGGUACUGAAGAGCCUCUCGGCAUGGUGUCUAUAUCAUCAAAAAGCUGCCGACAAGUCAAUGGCGAUGAGCUGGAAAAUCGGUAUGCUGUCCAUAAAGCCAUGCUUGCAGAUAAUUCCAACCUGCUGGAAUCAGAAGCGCUCAGUGUUCGACUCCGGGAAUGCAUGGAUCGAUUUAAGAACCUCCAAACAAUAGGACUCGCACAUUACAAAACGGAAUUUUUGCUUGAUCCACGGCAGCAGACAGUUCCAUUCCUGGGAAGGCGACAGAUGAUGAGCCGGAUUGAUUUUCGUUUCGAUGUUUACAGCCUGGGGUCCUUGACCCACACUAAUAAGGAUAGUCAGAUAAGGAAACUGAACUCUUUGGCAAUAUCGAAGCUUUUUCUUGCGUUAUGUGGCUCAAGCUGCAGACCCCGAAAGCUGUAUACCUGCGAUUCUGAUUUCUGUGGUGAUAUAGGCCCCGGAAUUGCCCUCCCCGAAGAACAAUUUGACUCUCUACUGUCUACUUUAAAAGGCCUAGAGGACCUUCAUCUAUGUGUUGAUCUCAAUGAGGCCGCUUGGCUGAAAAUUUUCACGAAGCUAGCACCCCAACUUGGAGGACUGACAUUGUCGCAAGAUCAUAUGCCUGCCUAUCCGGCAAAAAGCUACGUUGGAAACAUGUUCCAUGAUAUUAGCUUCAUUAGACUCCGAGAGCUUCAUAUUCACGAGCUUGAUAUCUAUUCCAACUGUUUGAAAUCACUAUUGCUUAGUGUGAAGAAAACUCUGGUCCUUCUUACACUUCAACGGGUGACAAUACGCAGCGAGGAGUUGAGAGCUGCAGAAAAUCCUGGGUCGCAACACAGCGAGUCCCCCGGCCACCAAGAAAAUGAAAGAUCUAUACCGUGGAUGUCUACCAACACACCUUAUGGCGCUGGAUUUUCUUCCAUUCCACCUUCGAGGCGUUCUAACACACCCACGUUUCAAUUUACAUCGCCAGCAUCUCAGCUCCCUUCGUCAGGGUUUCAUCCAACGUCGCCACUAUACGAACCAACAUCGCCGUAUGUACCAACCUCGCCGUCAUAUGAACCAACAUCGCCGUAUGUACCAACCUCGCCAUCAUUUCAACCAACACCGCCAUCAUUUUCACCAUCGCCAUGGUACACACCGACCGUAGCCCCGCCAGAAUAUGGACCAGCCCCCCUACCAGUCCUUCUAGCAUCUGAAACAGCAUGGGCAGAAAGUGCACCCCAAUUCCCACAGCAUUCCUCGACUUCUGAAUCCUCUGAGUCGACGACAGAAGCAUAUCCAAGCGCAAAGUGGUUAUCUACUUAUCACCCAUAUUCUCCACCUGAUUAUACUCGAGGCUCAGUCUGUCCGACCUGGGAAACCCAAAUGGCAUGGAAACGCAACGAAGAAAAGGUGACUUGUAUGUCUAGCCUUCUGGGCACUUUACAGAACGAGCUAUCUCUAGAAACACUCUCAUUGGAAGAUAUCAUCUGUGACGACAAUUAUUAUUAUUUCAAAAAUAUCGACAAUGGAACCGAACAAAGCGGUCGAGUGGAUUUUGAUAUUCGCGAAGCUAGUAUUUCGUUCAAAGAAUGGAUUUCCCGUUUGAGUCUAGUGGCUCACUGUCCGGGUUAUCGCAUUCUAGCCCUCAAGGAAGACGAAGGUUGGUAG